ACGUGAGCGGCCGAUUGCAGACGACGAUCGAUGAUGUUGCUCUCUUCCUCACUCAGUCUCACUCUCAGUCUUGAAUUUCAUUCGCAAACUGUUAUCGAAAGUUGAUUCAGAAGGCCAAGAUUACAUGAAAUUUAUCGUGGUUUUAUCGACACUCCUGUGUAACUGUUAGUUGAUUAAACCCUUCUCGAGUAUGGCGUCCACCUACAUAGAGGGGUUCCAUGACCUUGGCGUGGUUGAAAAGAUGUGCUAUACGCCUCUCGGUAACACCGGUAUGAAAUUCUCUUCCAUUGGUUUUGGUGCUUCACCAUUAGGAAACCCAUACACCGUCAAGAUUCCCAGUGACGAGGAACAUGAGGCCUGUGUCCUGAAAGCAUUAAAGAGCGGUAUCAACUACAUUGACACAGCACCUUGGUAUGGACAGGGAAAAUCAGAAGAAAAACUAGGAAAGAUUUUGAAGGAGGUACCCCGGAGCAGCUAUUACAUCUCUACGAAGGUGGGGCGGUACGAGAGAGACGUGGAGCGCAUGUUUGAUUUUUCCGCUGAAAGAGUUACGCGGAGCGUGGAUGAGAGUCUGUCUAGGCUUGGCCUUAGCUGUGUCGAUAUCAUACAGGUACAUGAUGUUGAAUUUGCUGAAAAUCUUGAGAUUAUUUUGAAUGAGACACUUCCAGCUCUACAAAAGAUUAAGGAUGCCGGAAAAGCUAGAUUUAUUGGUAUCACUGGUUAUCCAAUCAAUACACUAAGGGAGAUUGUAGACCGGAGUACAGUAAAGAUUGACACAGUAUUAUCAUAUUGCCAUCUGGAUAUCAACGAUUCUUCCUUGCUUGAUCAUAUAGCAUUCUUUGAGGAGAGAGGCAUUGGUGUGAUCUCAGCUUCUCCUCUCUCUAUGGCCCUCCUAACGUCCCUUGGCCCCCCUGUCUGGCACCCUGCCUCUGAAGCUGUCAGAGACACCUGCAGGAAGGCUACAAAGUACUGUCAAGAACAUGAUGUGGACAUCUCUAAACUAGCCUUACAUUACUCUCUGUCACAAGGAAAGGUAGCAACCGUCAUAGUCGGUAUAGACAGACCUUUGUUUCUGGAGCGCAAUAUGGAAGUACUACACAACAAACUCAGUAAAGAAGAGGAAGAAGUCCUGCAGAAAAUUCAAAAGGAAUUCUUCCCUCAAGGGGUGAGCCGAACCUGGGAAGGGGUUGAGGUUGCUAAGUACCGGAAGAAGCUUAAAGCAAGGCAAUCAGAGCUUCAGGGUUGAAGCAAUCAAAGGACUUGAAGACACCUUCAGAGGACAGUACUGAUCAAUCUAAUCAAUUUCUUUUCAAAUGGAAACCAAUUCAAGUGGUAAAUUUCUGCAAAAGUGUGGAAAAUGAGAAAUGGGUUGAAGUGAAAAUUUGAGCAAAAUCAAAUUAAAAAAAUUGAUUAAAUCUUGAUUUUUUUUUCAAUUGCAAUCACUAUACCUAUGUGGACUUCAAAUUUACAUCAUGGCAUUAUGGGUAAUGUCUUUAUAAUAGAGAGAGUAUGGACAGAUGCUUUACUAUCUCUAAUAGUCAAAAUAAACAGAAUGUCAUCUUUUUUCAAGAAUCUUAACCGGAUGGAUAUAUAUAUAUUUUUUUUACAUUACGCCUUUAUAUAUCUAUACACCAAAAUUUGGAGUCUCAGUUAUCUCAUUUAUUAAUUAAAGCAAUAACUUUACUGUCCUUGAAAUUCAAUAUCUUGUAAUAUCUUGUUCCUGCACUACAUCAUGUAGUGCAGGAACACUUUUAAAAAGUACGUAUUUAUUUAUAUUACAACGCAUAUUUUAGAAAAAUUAGAAAAAGAACAAAAAUAUCCAAGGCCAUGGCCUUGUAUUAGUUUAAGUGAUGUCCAUAAUGUUUUAUUUCUUUCAAAUUUUAGUCUUUCUGUGUGUGUGUGUGUUUUUUUUUUUUUUUUUUUUUUUUUGGUUUCUUACAAAUCAUCUUAGUCUAAAUGUUGAAUUCUCCUUUAUUUAAAUUUGAGCAUCAUCUAAGCCUAUAAUUAAGAUGUUCCAUUUGAAAAGACAUAGGCCCGUAUUCUCAAGUCAGGUUUAACUUAGACUUUGAUCUAACUCUGUGCUAAAAUUAUGGGAAGCCAAAUAUGUCAAAAUUUUGUUUGCAUUGUAUGCUUCAUAUGUUUACAACUCUAUCCUAAGUCUUUGAUAGUGAAGACAACUAUCUUAAUCCUCUUUCACAAACAGUUAAAUGUAUUGAGAUUCAGAUGAGCUGAUACAAUGAACCUCUACUGUUAGAGAUUUAAGUCACAAUUGGCUAUCCAUGGUUAAACCAUACCUUUUGACCAGAGUAUACAUUAAAUCCGACUUCAGAAUACGGGUCAUAUAGGUCUUUAGGGUCCUGAUAUUUUAUCUACUAUGCAAUAACGUUUUUACUUGAAUACUUGUAAUUACUGUGUCAAAUGAAUUGAUCAGAAAUUGCCUUGGAAAUGAAAUCUCUCUUAAGAUUUUCUUAAAACAAACUGGUAUUAAAAAGGAUGGGUUUUUUAUAGGCGCCGCUUUUCCGGUGGCGGCGGCGUCAAUAUCAAAUCUUAACCUAAGGUCAAGUUUUUGAAAUGACAUCAUAACUUAGAAAGUAUAUGGACGUAGUUCAUGAAACUUGGACAUAAGGUUAAUCAAGUAUUACUGAACAUCCUGCCUGAGUUUCAGGUCACAUGACUAAGGUCAAAGGUCAUUUAGGGUCAAUGAACUUAGACCGUGUUGGGAGAAUUAUUUUCAAAAUCUUAACCGAAGGUUAAGUUUUUGAAAUGACGUCAUAACUUAAAAAGUAUAUGGACCUAGUUCAUGAAACUUGGGCAUAAGGUUAAUCAAGUAUUAGUGAAUAUCCUUCCUGAGUUUUAGGUCACAUGACCAAGGUCAAAGGUCAUUUAGGGUCAAUGAACUUUGGCCAAGUUGGGGGUAUUUGUUGAAUUACCUUCAUAACUCUGAAGUUUAUGGAUCUAGUUCAUAAAACUUGGGAUAUAAGAGUAAUCAAGUAUCACUGAACAUCCCCUGUGAGUUUCAGGUCACAAAACCAAGGUCAAAGGUCAGUUAAGGUCAAUAAACGUAGGCCAUGUUGGGGUAAUUGUUGAAUUGCCAUCAUAACUUUGAAAGUUUAUGGAUAGAGUGAAUGAAAUGUGGACAUGGGUGUAGUUGACAAGUCUUAAGUCACCGUUCAAAUGUCAUCUAUGGUCAAUGAACGUGGUAUUAUGUCAUUAUAUGAAUGGUGUUUUUGUGAAUGAUUAUUUUAUAGUAGUUUUCAAAGUGAGCGCUGCUGCUAUAUUUAAUCGCGUAAUGCAGGCGAGACUGCCAGAGGCGUUCCACUUGUUUUUAUACCUUCCUGAAUAUACAUGUAAAAAAAAAACAGAUAAAAACUGUCUAUCUUUAAGUGCCAUAUCAUUGCAAUAUAUUGAAGUUAACACAGUGUUCUGUAAUCGGCUAAUAUGCAAGAUGUGAGAGGCAAAUAGUUGCUGUCGAACAUAAUUCUUUGGAGCCUUGCUAUGUUAUAGUGUGUGGUAGACAAGUAAGUAAUUUUUUUUUUUUUGCUUCAUGGGAAGCCAGUGUACUAAGUUUAGUAGUGGUCGGGAAUGAUGAUCUCAAGAAUUUUGAAAUAUCAGUUGUGCUUCAAAAUUUUGUAAUUGUUGAUCACAAUUGAAAGUGAUUCGAAAUCCAUUGUACUAAUCAAUGGAUCUAUAAUAGUCAGCAUUGUAACAGGCAGGCUGGUCAGUAAACCUUCUGGUUCUUGAAGUAAUUAUGAUGUAGAUGUGAAAGAAAUGAUCAGACAUUGACCUGCAAGAAUCAAACCCAAGACCAGGGGGGUGUUUCACAAAAAUUUAACCCUAAUUCUCCCGGGGGGGGGCCAUAAUGGGCCCCCUCCUCGACAAUUUUCGCGAUAUAUCUGCUGCGCGAAAUUUUUUUGACCUCGCCGCUCACUGACUUUUUGCUUUCAAGUCUCGCGCAAAUUUUGAGACCAAAUUUGUGAUGCCCGGGUACGCGGUUACGACAUUACGCAACAUUAUGUAAGUGCAUGUCAGACCCAAAAUUGCUCAUAAACGUGAUUUCAUGUACAAAUCCAAUGCAAAUUGUGUAUUUAGCCAAAAUUCAUAAAUGUAUCAUUAUUUCUACUUUUACUGAUUAAACUGAAUUAAUUUUGCCUUGUUUAUGAUCAGAAUUAAGUCUGGAACGAUUUCCAUUGAAAAAACAAUAAAAAACAAAGAAAUACAUAAGAAAUUCAUAAAACAAUAAAAUACAUAAGAAAUUUAUUUCUUAAUCGAAGUUUUUUUGAUUUGCGAUUGUUAAGAAUGCUACAAAGAAUAUUUUUACCAAAAAUUAGCAUUCUAGGAGCUUUAUUUAGUGAAUUAGAGCAAAAAGUAUGAUUUAUGCAUAAAUUAGCAUAAUUAAUUCAUAUAAAAUAAAAUCUCAUUAUUUUGCAAAAUUUUACCAUACAGCCUUGUAGAUUACAUCGCCCACUACCAGCGUGCAAAUUUUUGCGUCGCUCGCGCGAUCAGCGGCCGAGAUCUUAGGGGGGGCCAUAAUGCCCCCCCCCCCCCCCGGGAAUGACAAGAAUCAAAAUACCCUGGGAGAUUUAGGGUUAAGUAUGACUUAGAAUCGCACUUCAAUGCCUAGUUGCGUGUGUUAUAAAAGGCAUGACCACAUCGGUCAGAUCAUGCCAAAAGGACGCGCACUACUGCGCAUUAAUCAAUAACAUUGCACAUUGCAUGUCAUAUACGUGUCAGCAUUUAGUGUGACUCUUAAGUCAUACUUACAUCUUUGUGAACCCCCCCCCCCUGGUUUCUAUUCCAUUUUCCACUCUUUCUGAGGGACCAACGUGUGCUACAAUGUAUCUAACUGAACACUGAUUUGGAAGACUACGCAGCUUCUGAAGUUCUUUAUCAACUCCUUCACAAAAGGAAAGGGACAAUUUUCCCAUCCAGGGGACCAUUUCAUCAAGCUGUCCAUAAGUUGAAAAUUGAUUUUAACCACGACUGGUGACCCUUUCUUGUGCUAAAUGACAUGUCCCUAUGUUGCUGACUUCGCAUCUAAGAACAUGUUCCAGUCAUGUGUGAAGUUGUGCAUUUCUGGACAGCCCUGAGGAACAUCCUCCAAGUGUAAAUAAUGACAUGCUGUAUACUUCAUGAAAAAAUGAUUUGAGUUUUGAAAUGUGUUAUAGCCUCAGAGAUGUGUUUACAUUUAGAAAAGGUUAGUAUUAGGGAAAUGGUGCUGUAGGCUUUAGAUAUUAAACUUCUCCAUGAGCUUGAUUGAAAUUGAUGAAUUAAUAUUGACGAUAAAUUAUUGAUUGCUUAUUUGCUUGUUGGAUUACUUAUGCAAGAUUACAGUGCCUGUAGUUGAAUACUAGUAUCAUUCCAUUAUUCAUGCACAUGUAAAACUAGCAAGAUAUCUGUUUAUGUGAUACUUGUUUGAAAUUGCUUUCUCUAUUGUAAGGGGAACUAUCUGGUCAAGUGCCCAAAAUGUAGUGCCUUGAUGUAAUGGUCAAUAUAUGCAAUUAUUAUAAAUAAUUAUGUCAAAAUGCUGGACUUUGAACCACAAGGUCCAGGGUUCAAAUGCCACCAAAGCACCAAUGUCGUUUGGCAUGACAUUUGUCUCUCUCCACCCAGAUGUAGAAAUGUGCCAACAAGAAGAAAUUUCCUUGUAUGCUAUUACUGCAAAACGGUUGCCCACCUCAGCCAGCUAGUAUCGAAGUGCAUUGAGCACCAUAUGCGAUGGAUACAUGCUCUAUACAACUAUGUAUUAUUGUUAUUAUUCACAUUAUCAUGAUGAACAUGGAUUGUGUCUCUCUAUGGAAGUUGGACAAAAUUGCCAGAAUUCACCUAAAUGUUUUUUAUCAGUGGUCUGAAACUAUGAUUUAUGUAAAUUUCAUGUAUUAAUUACACCUAAUAUAGUGAGUUUAUGAUGAUAAUAAUCAUAUGCAACAUUUGUGUAGCGCUUAAUACAGUGUUUCUAAGCUCUGCGUACUAUUACCCAAGCUGUAGCUCCAGCUGCUAAAGGCGCCUGGUGCAUUCAAGGAUUUAAUCAUUCUGGGUACCCAUUCACCUCACCUGGGUUGAGUGCAGCACAAUGUAGAUAAAUGUCUUGCUUAAGGAAAACACAAUCCAUGGCUGAGAUUCGAACCCACGUCCCUCUCAUUGAAAGAUGAGAUUCGUAACCACUAGACCAAGACACCCCCAUGUAGUUGUACAUUGUGCUGUGGUCAACCCAGGUGAGGUCACUGGGUACUUGGCGGUUUUAAUUCCUUUAAUGCACGGAGUGCUGCUGAUAAAGUGGUAGCUCCAGCUACAGCCAGGGUAAUAAAAGUUGUACCUUUUUAUCCUCUGGCGAAAAAAAGCUAUCUGUAAAUCCAGCUCAUCCUUGUUACUAAGAUAACUGCAUGAUCCAACGAUUUAUGUGAAUGAAGUAACACUAUAACUGCUAAUAAUGUAGCUGUAGUAAAUACUAGUAUAACAAUUUGAUAAUGUAAAAUCAUUGAACUUUUUUAAUCAAUUAAGAAUAAUCAAUGCAUGAAAAGUUGACAACUGUAUUAUCUCCCUUUUUAAAUUCUUUUUUAUGAGACUAUGUGUAAUAAAAAUUUCAGUGUGAGUUUGCCCUUUUCCUGCUACUAUUAAAACAUUUUAUUAUUUAUGAAUACAAACCGCAAAUGUAUUUUGAAGAACAAUAUUGAUGUGCUAGUCUGUACUUGUUUUCUGAUAGCAAUUUGUUUUUGCAAUAUAACCAGUGUUUUAGAAGUGUAAUCAUUAUGCAAUGAUAUUGUUAUCAUAUUGUUCUAUAUUGAAAUAUUCAGGAUAUUUAUCAUAAUUCUGAAAAUGUAAUUUUUAUCAAAUAAUAUUAGAAACUAGAAUGUUUUUAGAGGGUGGUGAAGUUGAUAAUUUUGUAUCAAUAAAAAUGAAUUUGAGCUGU